AUGACUUUUCAGCGCCGCACCAAAGGAUCCUCUCGAUCCCGCAGCGCCGGUCCCGCAUCUCCUCCUUUGGUUAACCCUCCUUCCCUCGGAGGACUUCCCCUUAUUGAGAGUGAAAUCAACGCCUUCUGGCACCGGGUUUUCGCCACUCUUCCCCAGUCCACGGACGAAACCCCCACCCAAGGAGCCAUUUGUCAACCCUCUGAGCAGUCUUCUAACGAGUCCGUUACUGAGACAGCCUGCCAGAAACACGUUGUCGUCGAUGCUGAUGCCGAGACCGCCGCUUCCCCUUCAAAGAAGCGGACCAUAGGAUCCACCUCGGUUGAUCCUACGCUUGGAUCUUCGAUCGAUGUUGUUCCUUCCAAAACUGUCCGGACAGCCCCAAAUGUUGCUGCUCCUGGGUCUGGCGAGUUGGUACCAGACACCGUCCCUCCGCUGGAGAUUGAUGAGCCGGCACCGAGGCCUACCGAUGAUGCUGCUCAACCUUCCCCCACAAGAAAAUCCCAAAAAUCCAAAGGGGGUGACCUUGGCACAGAUGGAAAGUCUGGGGUCGUGAUUCCUUCGCCCCAAAAGUUGAAAAAGAAAAAGAAAAAGGUCAAGAGAGCCAAGGCCACCAAAACCGGUGAAACAUCUACUCCUCGCCAAGGCAUGGUGGGCGAGGAUGAGCCCAACCCCAAGGAGGGCGAGGCACCCAAGGAGGGCGAGGCGGGUGCCUCGCCCCUUCCCAAGGAGACUCUUGUUGGUCAAAGUGCUCCUAAGGGCGCUGCUUCUGAUUUCCCUCAAACAAUCCUCCCUUUUGACCAUCCAUCCCCACAAGCUGGGGCAAGCUCACCCAGGGCCUCCCCAGUCCACACAGCGAGUCACAGUGAUGAGGAUCAAGCUCCUGCCGUCUCACCUUCCCCCCGCCUCUCUUUCCUCGCCGUUAGUGAUCCGAACGCUGACGAGAAAGAGAGCUCUCCUUCAAACCAGCAACCCACUCCUGUCGACUUUAUCCUGACUGACCCUUUCUUCGGUAAUAUGAAAGGAGCUGAAAAUCCUGACCUUGAUGGUAUGGCACAAGAAGCCAUCUCGAGCCUUUUGCGCGCGGGGUGUCUCUUCGCCAAGUCAUCCCAGGAUUCAGCUACAUCCGCUGAAGUUGAAGAACUCCACAAGAAGGCUGAGAGGUAUCGUCUCGCCACACUUGAAGCGUACGGAGAACGUGACAAGUUGCUGACUCAGGUGGUGGCCCAAACUACAAAGCUGACCAAUUUGGGAAUCGAGAUGAACGAUCGCGAGACCGACUUAUCCGCCUGUGAAGAUAGAAUGGAGGACUUAAAGGACGAGCGGGAUGAUUUGCAGAAGGAGUUGGAGGCGAAGAAUGAAGCCAUCGCCGCGAGCAGGGCCGCCUGCAUUGUUAAGGACUAG